AUGGCGAAGGGUUCCGCCUCAUCGCCGACUGCGACCCCACCCCAAGCAGCUCUAAAGCGGACAACUUCGAGCACACAGAACAUGAAGAACCAGAAGUCAAUCCUGGGAUUCUUUCAGAAAUCCUCGCCGGCAACUCCUUCCAACGACAAACCUCGUGAACCCGCCUCGUCCCCAGCCCAGCGAGCCAGCGAGAAACGUGUAGCCAGUGCCGUGAAACCUACACCUAAGAGGAAUUUCUCCAGCUUCGCCCAGGACUUGACCCCGGUGCCGAGCAGUGAUCUUCCUAUUCCAGAGGAAGAUGAGGAGAACGGUGACAAGGUGAAGUCAGGACGCGACGAAAUCCAGGACGCCAACAUGUCUCCCUCGCGAAGAGCCAAAAAGAAGCAGGUCAGCUACAAGGAAACCGAUUCGGAGGGCGAGGACGACGACGAUGUUAUCUUCCGCCCCAGUCGCAAGAGUAAUGCGAAUGGGCGCGCUGCCAAGCGCAGGAAGACUUCUCCUGAGAGUGAGGACGAGUUCCAGGAGGCAGGAGACGCCGGAUACUCGGAUGAUGAAAUGGACGACUUCAUCGUUGCCGAUGACUCUGAUGAAGAUGCAGCCGCACCAAAGAAGCGCAAGCGACCAGCUACUACACCUUCGCGGAAGAACUCAAACCGAGCCCCUUCUUCACCUCCACCCCGACCGACCGACGAAGACCUCGAUUUGGAUAUCCCCGAGGCCACAGCUGGUACCGCGCUGAAGUGGACCUUCGACCCAGAAAACACCGAACCUCGAAAGGAGCGUGAAGUCCAAGCGACUACGAAGACACCCGCCAGUGCAAAGAAAGAGAAAGCCCACACCAGAGAGCCCGAGGAACGAUACCCGUGGCUUGCAAACAUCAAGGACAUUGAUGGAAACCCUCCAGGCCAUCCUGACCAUGACCCACGCACCAUCUACAUCCCCCCGCUGGCCUGGUCUAAGUUCUCGCCCUUUGAGAAGCAAUACUGGGAGAUCAAGCAGAAAUUCUGGGAUACUGUGGUUUUCUUUAAGAAGGGCAAGUUUUACGAGCUCUACGAGAACGAUGCCACGAUUGGUCACCAACUCUUCGACCUCAAACUCACUGACAGAGUCAACAUGCGCAUGGUUGGUGUCCCUGAAAUGAGUCUGUCUCAUUGGGCAAAUCAAUUUGUUGCCAAGGGCUUCAAGAUCGCUCGCGUUGACCAAUCCGAGUCCGCUCUGGGCAAGGAAAUGCGUGAGCGAGAUGCCAAGAAAGGGAAAGAAGACAAAAUUAUCAAGCGAGAACUCGCUUGUGUUCUUACUGCUGGUACUCUAGUCGAGGGCUCGAUGCUGCAGGAUGAUAUGUCGACGUACUGUGUUGCUAUUAAGGAAGCCAUUGUGGAUGAUCGCCCAGCGUUUGGUCUGGCCUUUGUUGAUACGGCCACGGGCCAAUUCUUCGUGUCAGAGUUUGUCGACGAUGUGGACAUGACCAAGUUUGAGACCUUUGUCGCUCAGACUCGCCCUCAGGAAAUGCUGCUCGAGAAGGGAUGUGUCUCGCAAAAAGUCAUGCGCAUUCUCAAGAACAACACUGGGCCCACAACUAUCUGGAACUAUCUCAAGCCGGGCAAAGAAUUCUGGGAAGCAGACAUCACCGUCAAGGAACUUGAUGCUAGCGAGUAUUUCGUCUCCGAGGACGAUGAUAAUGUCAAGGCAUGGCCUGAGGUCCUUCGUGAGGCACGUGAGAAAGAGUUGCUCAUGUCUGCUUUCGGUGCUCUUACGCAGUAUUUGCGAGUUCUCAAGAUUGCACGAGACCUGAUUACCAUUGGCAACUUUACGUGGUAUGACCCCAUUAAAAAGGCCUCUAGCCUGGUUUUGGACGGCCAGACCCUGAUCAACAUGGAAAUUUUCGCAAACUCAUUCGAUGGUGGUCAAGAGGGCACUCUGUUCCAACUCUUGAACCGCUGCAUUACACCCUUCGGAAAGCGAACAUUCAAGCAAUGGGUCUGCCACCCAUUGAUGGAUGCUAAGCGGAUCAACGCCAGGCUUGACGCUGUUGAUGCCUUGAAUGCCGACCCUAGCACCCGCGACCAGUUCUCUUCACAGUUGACCAAGAUGCCCGAUCUUGAACGUCUGAUCUCCCGUGUUCAUGCAGGAGUCUGCAAGGCCCAGGACUUUGUUCGUGUUCUGGAAGGAUUUGAACAAAUCGAAUAUACUAUGGGUCUUCUUAAGGACAGUGGUGCCGGCGAUGGCAUCAUCGGAGACCUUAUCAAAGGAAUGCCGGAUUUGACCCCGUUGCUUUCAUACUGGAAGACUGCAUUUGAUCGGCCCAAGGCAAGAGACAAUGGAAUCUUGGUUCCGGAGACCGGAGUCGAGGCCGAUUUUGACAAUUCCCAAGACACCAUUGAACAGCUGCACAAGGAGCUUGAUAACGUUCUGAAAAAGGCCCGCCGGGACUUGUGCUCCACUGCCAUCUGCUACCGUGACAAUGGAAAGGAAAUUUACCAGCUUGAGGUGCCAGUCAAGGUCAAAAAUGUUCCAAAGAACUGGGAUCAAAUGUCUGCCACCAAGCAGGUGAAGCGCUACUACUUCCCCGAACUCCGAAGCUUAAUCCGGAAGUUGCAAGAAGCUCAGGAAACCCACAGCCAAAUUGUGAAGGAAGUUGCCGGUCGAUUCCACGCUCGAUUCGAUGAGCAUUAUGGUACAUGGCUAGCUGCGGUUCGAAUUAUUUCACAACUUGAUUGUUUGAUUAGUUUAGCCAAGGCAUCCGCUUCGCUAGGCCAGCCUAGUUGCCGCCCUGUCUUUGUGGAAGAAGAGCGAAGUGUCCUGGAGUUUGAGGAAUUGCGGCACCCGUGUCUUCUUUCAUCCGUGGAGGACUUCAUUCCCAACGAUGUCCAGCUUGGUGGCAAGCAUGCAAACAUCGAUUUGCUCACUGGUGCUAACGCGGCUGGAAAGUCCACUCUUUUGCGAAUGACCUGUGUCGCCGUGAUUAUGGCCCAAAUUGGCUGCUACCUGCCCUGCAAGUCUGCCCGCCUGACUCCCGUCGACCGCAUCAUGUCCCGUCUGGGAGCAAAUGACAACAUUUUUGCCGCGCAAUCGACUUUCUUCGUUGAAUUGUCUGAAACGAAGAAGAUCCUGUCUGAAGCGACUCCGCGCUCACUCGUCAUUCUGGACGAACUGGGCCGUGGUACCAGCUCCUACGAUGGUGUCGCCGUUGCGCAGGCCGUCCUGCACCAUAUCGCCACCCACAUCGGUGCAAUGGGUUUCUUUGCGACACAUUACCACUCGCUGGCUGCUGAAUUCGAGAAUCACCCCGAGAUCGCUCCCAAGCGUAUGGCUAUUCACGUAGACGAUGCUGAGCGGCGUGUCACCUUCCUCUACAAAUUGGAGAGCGGCAUCGCAGAGGGCAGUUUCGGUAUGCACUGCGCGUCAAUGUGUGGUAUCUCGAAUAAGGUUAUCGAACGUGCGGAGGUUGCGGCUCAGCAGUGGGAGCACACCAGUCGACUUAAGGAGAGUCUUGAGCGUCGGAAGGGUGGCAGCUUCAUUGGACUGGGAUGGUGGAGUGAUGUCGCCUGGGCCCUCCGUGAGUCAACUACAGAAGAUGACGACGAGGCUGGUGGCGUCACUGAUCUGGGCCUGGAGGUCUUGCGCAAGGCCAUUGAAGCUCUGUAG